GAACGCCCACCCACAGGACCGGGAAAGUCGCUUCAAACUGAAAAACACGCUGCCUGCUGCAUGACGCGCAGACCAUUCAGGAGACGCUGGAGAGAGAGGAGACGCGCGCACAGCCUGCCUCUGAUCCCCCGAUUUGAACGCGACUCUCAUGUAGCGGACUGGACACAAGACACGUUGCGUCAGAUUCCCAUUACAGACGUUGCCUUUUCAUUUAAUUCUCCUUAUGUCAUAAAUAAUCUAAGCGGAUACAGCUGCCUCGGAAACUGCUGAGCGCUCCGGUUGGAUGCUUUUGGAUGAACAGGUGGCGCAAGGUCCAGCGAGCCUAAUUUGCGGGACGUUAAGCGUUUAAUACCUGCUUUUAAAGGUGGGUGAGAGACGAGGCGCGAAGUUUUCCUUUUUGCCCUCCCCACCUCCUCAGACAAGGCGACAGAGAUGCCCGUGUCGGACCACAACAUGGGGACAGACAACAGGACGCACGACGGGGAGACCUCGGACAGCGCCGACGACGAGAGCACCAUCUCGGCCACCCUGGGCAGCCCGGCUCCGGACGUGCUCAAGAACUUUUACCACACCAAGCGCGUCGGGACCUACCUGAUCGGGAGGAAGCUGGGAGAAGGGUCUUUCGCCAAAGUUAGAGAGGGUCUCCACACUCUGACGGGAGAAAAGGUGGCGGUGAAGGUAAUCGACAAGCGCAAGGCCAAGAAGGACUCGUACGUCACAAAGAACCUGCGGCGGGAGGGCCUCAUCCAGGAGAUGAUUCGCCACCCGAACAUCGCGCAGCUGCUGGACAUCCUGGAGACAGAGAACAGCUACUACCUGGUGAUGGAGCUGUGUCCCGGAGGGAACCUCAUGAACCACAUUUACGAGAAGAAGCACCUGGACGAGAGGGAGACUCAGAAGUACAUCCGCCAGCUGGUGCUGGCCGUCGAGCACCUGCACAGGGCCGGCGUGGUGCACAGAGAUCUGAAGAUAGAAAACCUCCUACUGGAUGAGCAGGACAACAUAAAGCUCAUAGAUUUCGGCCUCAGUAACUGCGCCGGCAUACUGGGAUACUCCGACCCCUUCAGCACCCAGUGCGGCAGUCCUGCCUACGCCGCUCCCGAGCUGCUGUCCAGGAAGAAAUACGGGCCGAAGGUGGAUGUCUGGUCCAUUGGUGUCAAUAUGUACGCGAUGCUGACCGGGUCACUGCCUUUCACCGUGGAGCCCUUCAGCCUACGAGCCCUGCAUCAGAAGAUGGUGGACAAAGAGAUGAACCCUCUACCUCCUACCCUUUCCACCGCUGCCAUCUGUCUGCUGAAGAAGCUCCUUGAGCCAGACCCUCACAGGCGUCCAAAUAUACACCAAGUGAUGACUGACUCCUGGCUGCAGCUGGCCAACAGGAACACAGGGGCCCCUUACCGCAACAGAAUCCACAUCGAAGAGAUAAACCAGGCGGUUUUGCUCCAUAUGACGGAGAAGAUGGGGUACAAGCACAGCGAGGUUCUGAGCGCCGUCCUCACCAACCGUGCCUGCCACACUCUCGCCGUCUACUUUCUCCUCAACAAGAAAAUGAAGAGACUCUCUAAGGAGUUCAGGGAGAAGCAGCUGCAGGAGAAAAAGAAAGAAGAGAAGAAACAAGCUGAGUACUUCCAAACGCAGUGGCGGAAGCACGUGGACAAACUCACCAUCCCCCCGAAACAGACGCCCGUCUACCUGGCUGUGAGCAAGGGGCAGAACAAGGAGAAGAAACACAAAACAGGUUUACUAAGAGCCUUAGCGGUAGGACACCGUAAGUCGCCUCUGGCACCUCCCGGCACGGUCGCUUCCUCGUCCAUGGAGUACCUCGAGAUUCACCCCCUCUUCCCCAACACUCCACAGCAGCGGAGGCGCUUGGCCACCCUCCCGCCGGUCAACACGAGUCCAGAACAUAACAUCCCCGCUCCGCCGGCGCCGUCGCCGAUCGGCAUGCACUCCUUCGGCUCGCUCUCCAAAGCCGAGCAGAUUGAAGACACGCCUUCCACUCCCUGGUACAAGCUGACCAACGGCACUCUGUCGCCGCCGCGCCACGUCUCCGCCUUCCAGCCUGACUCCUCUUACUUAAAAAAGGCCACCAUCCCCAGUCCCCCGGUCCUGAUUUCCAACCCGCAGCCCAAGAAGAAUUUGUCAUCGGACGGGUGCGGUUCCUCCGACACAAGCGGAAGCCCCUCUAGCAGCGUCGGAAGCCCGCCGGGAGGCUCCGCGUUCAUGCCCCUGAAAUCCGCCUUUAGUCUAAUCAACCCCAACUCAGCGUUCAGCCCUCCAUCCAACAGCGCGAGCAGCGACCCCGAGAGCCCGACGCAUCGCAGCAAGCUCCCCUCCGUGGGGAAGUGUCCGAAGAAGAAAGCGCCGCUGCAGCCUUUUACGUUCCGACCGGAACAAUUCAUCGAGGAAGUCGUGUCCCCGCCUCCGUACCCGAUGAAAACUCUCAUGUGUGCUUCGGGCGCGCUGAAGACCCUCUGCUGAGGGACUCAGACGAAAAUGAAAGGAACUUAUGGACUCCUCUCAACAGUUUGUAAAAGCUGGAGAGGUCUUUCAGAGCGGCCUUUUGAACUGUGAACCUCCCCCUUUAUUCCAAAUAAGCCACUUUUCUUGUCAUACUCCGGUAUGAAAACUAGACAUGGGCCGGCAUGGGAUUCUCAUAACCCUUCAGUGGAGAUGCUGCAUUUUAAAGGUGUUAACACAAAAAAGUUAAAAACAUAAUAUUAUUGCUUUUGUUUGUGAAAUAAAAGCAUCAAUUAUUACCGCUCUCACAAAAGUAAGCCUAUUUGAUAAAUCCGUCAUUUUGAUAGAGACCAGCGGUUCUCAAACUUUUUACCAACCUGAGUAAAUAGCAUGUUUUCUUACCAACCACCACCUUGACAAAACAUUUUAAAACAGUUGCAUAACAAAACCCAAACUGCUGUCAAUCUGUCAUAUUUGCAGUGCCUGCCUUAAUGAAGGACGCAAUUUAAAUUAGGCGUUACAAUGUUCAAGUCUGAGGUUGGAAAAAGUCAAUCUACCAAGAAACCAAAUUAGGAGAGGAAAGUGAAAGGAUUCUCACCACCUCAAAAAUCAGCUAUUGCUGCCUUGCAUUUAAAAACCAUUUUAAUAUGUUUUCCAUAUAACUCUGUUUUUAUGCAAGAGCAAAUUCUUCAAAACUGCAGAAUUUUGUACGUUUUUUUAUAAGCAAGGAAUUGUAUAUUUGCCUUCUUCUACCCAACUGACCAGCAGGGUUCAGCAACAGGUUGGGGAGGGGUGGUGGGGGGAGAGAAAUCUCCAGUAACUCUGGUACUUUCUCCGGUAUCUGAUUAAAGGGACUUUGAACCGUGGAAAAAAUUUGACAAAAAGUUUAAAGCCUGUGCAGAAACUGAAUCCGGCAUCCGGCCCAUGCCUAAUCAAAAUGUGAAACAGCGAUGGAUGAAGGGGCGAGAAUUUAACAUUUUACCUCCUUUUAGUAUUUGUGUUAUGUAAUAAAAAAAAAUGUGACAACACUGACAAGAUGAGAUUUGAAAUGGAUCCUUGAGCAAUGACUAAACCCCGCUGUGCCCUAGAUACGAAGUGGACUUGGGAUGUCUUGUGAUACGGACCUUGACGACUGAUGCGUCCAAACACACACACACACACACACACACACACAUACAUACAAAACUCUGUAAUAUAGACCCGGUUUGAGGUACCUUCUUUUGUAAUGACGCUUUCGUCUGGUUUGAGAACAAGCCGCAGACUGAUUCGCACCAGCUAACAGGACCCCGACUUUCAACCCUAACCCUCACCGUACAUGUGUAAAUGUUGUUGUCUCUGUAGAAACUCUGUACUAUAGCCACUGACUUCCAGUCAGCCCGCACUGUAGCCUGAAUGCUGGCUGGGGGAGGAAAAAAAAAAAAUUUUAAACUCACUGCACUAUUACUAAAAACCAAAACCUGUAGGAAAUAAGUGUGCUGACUAUCUUUUACCUCACAGCAUUAACCGUGCAUUUCUGCAUUCUGUAGUGACAGGUCUGUGUGGGGUGUGUCCGAGUGUGCUGACUUUAGAUUUAACACAAUAUAACAACAUAGGGACCAACAGUAGAAUCAUAAGCUCACUUUUUUAUGAACUCUCAUCACCCGUCAAUGAUAAAAAAAAAACGACAUUUCUCACUUUUUUAUACACAAGUGUUAGCUCACCAACAGGGAAACUCACACUUAAGGAUCAUUCCACAGCUAAACGCGCCAGUUUGUAGUCAGUGACGUAAAACGGAGCAUCAGAAGCCUUAUGAAACUCAACCACCUCACCGAAAAACGCUGGGGGGUUGAAAGUGGGAACAAGUGCUACUAGUGUCACCUAACAUCUACACAAAAGAAGUGAUUCACCUCCUUUUGUCUUAAUGCUGUAGUUCGUGCAAUAGUCUUAAGUGUUUUUACUGCAAUGAUGAGUAUUUGCCAAGAGCUCUUUGAGCGUAAUGUGAACGUUGUUCUUGUACAUAGCAGUCUUUAAACGCCCCUGCUCCCUUCACGUGACUUGCUCUGUAUAGCAGGAUUUAUUUUUUUUUUUUAAAUGUUUAUGGAGAUGGCAUUUUUUUACAAAAAGGAAAAGGCUUCCACUGGCACAAGGGUCUUUUUUGCCUCACUAUGAAAUACUGUAGAAUAUCUCCUUUUUUUUUUUUUUUGUCCAGAUGAAAAAUUGCAUGAAUCGAAUUGUAACGUCAAAGCAUUUGAAAUUAUGGCUUUGUAACUGUUUUUUCCUUUUCUUUUUUUUUUUCUUCUUCUUCUUCUUCUUUUUGAAACUGAGAUUGUUACAGAUACGCUGGGGGGUCUUUUGUAAGAUUUUUUUAAAUGGAUUGGUUUGAGUGUCAAGAGAUUUCUAUGCUGUAUAAAGUAUUUUAAAUAUCUAUACUGGAA